AUGGACUUGCCGGGUGGCGUCGCGUUGGCAAGUCCAAACGUCUCUGAUAUGUUUAUUAUAUCGGGGCUGAGGGAGCUCCCAGCAAUCCACUGCAAACUGGAAUUUCGAAGCACGAAGGUGUGGGUGUCGCCGGCCGAGGUGAGAGGCGGUAAGGAUGAGUCGAGGCAGCUGGGAACGAGCAAUAAUGGUGUUGGCCGGCAACCAUACCAGUGGCAGCGGGACUGGCCCAGGGCGAUGCCUGCAAUCCGGCGACGAGAGCGGGUGUGGUGUGACAAGGAGAGGGGGCCCCUGGAGUCGGCGGACGACGAAGACGUUCGCAACGACACAUCUUUCGAGAAAGGGCGCUCGUCCGGGUGCGCUACGGAGCAAGUCGGGCUAGGUUCUCGUCGCCGCGCAAAAAGCAGGCAACCAGCUCGGAUCCGAUGCAGUUCUCGAGAACACGAGAAAAGAAGGAUGACUUCUUCACACGACUUUCGACUGCUUGAUCCAGCUGGCGUCCUCCUUGGCAUUCUGGUUCAUAAAUCCGUUCCUCUCACUGACUGUGUACUCCUCCAAGACCCUGACCGGGUUGCUGUCUUCGGUCGGAAGCAUAUGCUCGUCUCGAUGCACAAUCCCAUCGGCCAGAGUACAAGAUCGGCACGAUCAUCUGACCAUUUCAUCCCCUCAGUAUACAACCAAAAUGGUCUCGUCCAAAGUGCCCGCGGGAUUAGCUGGUGUUAUCGCGCCUGGCGGAAUCCCGUCGUAAUUGCAUGCGCAACAUGGGGGGAAUACAAGACCAUGGACUUUGCUAGGUGGUGA